CUAAAGUUGUCCAUGUGCUGUUUUCUAUAUUCUAAACACCCCCUUAGCUCAUCUGGUUUCAUCUUCACCAGACCACUUGGUUUAAAUAUUCUCACCGGCCAAAACGUUUUCUAGCUUUAUAUCAAACAACCUGAGUGAGAGAGAAACAGCCUCAAAACUCUCAUCUCCCAGAAAUGCAGUAAAGCAAAGCUUUUCUUUCUUCUCUUUAAUUUAACGCCAUACAUACCUUCAAUUCCUUUAUUUCUCCAUGGAGCCUUGUAAUACUACUACCUCGAGUCCCAGGAUUUCGUUCUCGGCUGAUUUUCUCGACGGCGAUGAGGAGGAGGAGGAGAAAGAUUUCAUAUCCAUAAGCCCUAAUUGGGAGAAGGAGAAGGAGAAAGUCAGGAAUGUAGCAGCGGAUUUUGAAUUCCUGUCGAGCAAGAAGAACAGCGAGAGCAUGAUAACGGCGGACGAGUUGUUUUUCGAGGGGAAAUUGCUUCCGUUCUGGCAAAUGCAGCAGCAGUGCGAGAAGCUGAGCAAGAUGAGCCUGAAAUUGGAGAAACACGGCGGCGGCGGCGGCGAGGAGGCGGAGAUGGAGGAGCAAAUUAGCAAAAGCAAGGAGGAGAACAGCAGGGCGGUGAGCUGGUUCCUCGACGACGAUCCGUCUCCUCGGCCGCCUAAAUGCACGGUUUUGUGGAAAGAGCUGUUGAGGCUGAGGAAACAGCGAUCUUCUUCCUCGUUGUCGCCGUCGUCUUCCACGUCCUCCUCGUCUUCCUCGGGGAGCUCUCUGUCUGGUGGAGAUGAGAACAAGGAAAGGCAGCAGGGAAGGGAUAAGAAUGUGAAGAUGAGGGUGAAGAAAGGGCUGGAGAGAACUAGAUCGGCGACUAUAAGGGUGAGGCCUGUGAUUAAUGUGCCUAUUUGUACACAGGGGAAGACCACUUCAGCAUUGCCUCCCAUUUUCUCCUCCUUCAAGAAGGCUAGCAAAUUAGAGAGGUGACUUAAUUGUAGAGUAGAGAUGAUGAUGAUGAUCUUCUCUCUAUAAUUCAACAUUCAUUUUCUAUCUGCUCCUCAUCUUUUAGUAUAUCUUCUGUACUGUAAAAUUUAGAUUUUGAUGUUCCCUCUAAUGGAUCUCAUGAAUUUCCAAUUUUCCAUGUUUUUCUCAUCAUAGCUUUCAAUCUAUUGACUUUUGGAUAUAGAGCAGUUUUAAAUCUCUAGAUCAACUGUUUCAUCUUUAGAGGUGUCUAUAAUGUAUUUAUGACUUUGAGUAUAGAGUGGUUUUAAAUCUCCAAA